AUGAGUUCUUCUGCAUUAUUUGUACGAGCAUUAUACGAUUUCAACUCGACAGAUUCAUCAAGUCUUUCUUUCAAAAAAAAUGAUAUUAUUCAAGUUUUGACUCAAUCAGAAACUGGUUGGUGGGAUGGUUUGUGUGGAGGUAAACGUGGUUGGUUUCCUAGUAACUAUGUUGCUUUGUCAGAUUGGAUUCUUCAACAUACACCAGAUGGUGAAUUAUUUUAUUAUAAUACAAAAACUGGUGAUUCAUCUUGGGACUUACCAAUAGAUGAUGACAACGAUGACGAUAAAGUCACAUUUAGUGGAUCUACUACUAAUACUAACAAUACUAAUAUUGAUGUAUCUGCAAUUGGUACCAAUGGUCACAAACCAUUACCUAAAAAUUGGAUACGUCAACCUACAGAUAAUGGUAGUACUUAUUACUACUUGAAUGUGGUAACAAGAGAAAUCAGGUGGACCCAUCCUGGUAGAGAUAGUAUUGCUAUUCCCACAAAAAUGCAAGAAAAUAUUGAUGAUGAGGAAUCUGCUGAUAAAGAAAGUAUUUCUAGUUCGAGAUAUACUGGGGAUUAUUAUAAUCAUAUGGAUGUUGAAGCAAAUUCUAAUAAUAAAGAUGAUACUAAAGCAGUAGUAGUAACAGAUGAUCAUCAUCUCUUUCAACCUUCAAUCGAUCAAAAUUACCAAUCAUCAAUUCCAUCUUACAAUAAUUAUAAUAAUACUAUACAUAGUUUAAAUCUAGCCGUAAAGCAAAACGAAAAGCAUCUAUACAACUCAUCUACAGAAUCAAUAGUUGAAAAUGUUCGUAUAAUGUUGUACGCCUCGGGCACAAUUCAAAAAGAUUCAAGAAUAUUUAGAGAAAAUCUACCAUUAAAAACCUAUCAUAAUCAAUUAGUGACCGCAGUUAGUAGAUUGGUAAUCUCAACAAAAGCGGCUGUUAAUACUGCCCCUAAUACUUGGCAAUCGCCUGAGACUAUGUUAGAAAAAAUCAAUGAUGUAUAUCUUGCUAUACAACAAUAUAUUCAAGAAGCUGAAAAUACUGUCAAGAUUAAAAGGAUUAAUCCUAAAAUUUUGAAAAAUUCCAGAGUUGGCGGUGGCUGGCGUGGUAACAAUAUUUUAUCAUCAGCGUCUUCUUCACCACCUGCAUCUCCUCCUAUAUCAACAUCAUCACUACCACAGCGUAGAAUUUCUCCCUCAUUAUCAUUGACUCUGGAUGUUUUUCUCUCACUAGACAAUGUUUCUCGUAACAUAACAAAAUAUUUACAUGUAUUAAUUUUGAACAUUAAAAAAUCAUUAUUGGGCGCUACUAUAUCACCAUCAUCACCACCAACCUCUACACCAACAUCACCAACAUCACCAUUACUACCAGCAUCGCCAUUAUCACCGCCAUUUAGACCUCCUUCUUCUUCUUCAACAUCUUUAACUCCACAACUUGUAAAUUCAAUUCGUCAAAUAGUUUCACAAAUUGGUCAAUUUCUUUAUUAUGUCGAGGAUCUUGAUUUACGCGAGUUAUCAGAAAAAAAUUAUCAAGAUUCCCUAAACGAUUUUAAAGUUUCAAAACAGACUUUGUAUAAUAGCAUAGCCAAUCUCGCUAUCUUUACUCAAUCUGCUGCCAAUCCAUUAUCCUUACCAUUAUUAAAUAAUCCAUUAAAACAAGUAUUGGAUUAUGCCAUUGUAGUUGAGAAAUCGGUAAAUAAUGUUAUUAUAUCAAUUAAGUUUUUGGUAGAAGAAAGUGAAAUACGUAGUAGUGCACCAGAUGCCCCUCCUACUAAACGUCGAGUUCCUCACAAUUUUGUUCCAACAAUUAAUACAACGAUAAACAAUAACGUUAACAACGCUAACAACAACAUUAACAAUUACCAAAUUAUUGAAGAUCCUUCAUCUGCUUCUUCAUUAAUGAUGGAUGAUGAUAUUUCACGCGAAUCUGAUAGCCCGUCAUUUGUUCCAUCUACCACGUCCACAAUAACUUCAUCAUACUCAAUCCCAACAACUGCAAUUUCAUCAUCAACAACGAGUUUGCUGCCUGUUCCAGAAGGUGAAAUAAUGAAUACUACCACUACCACUACCACCACCAAUAAUACAUCAUCAUCACCAAGAUCACCAACAUCAACAACCAAUACAUCAUCAAUAAUAUCAACAUCAACAGUUAUUACUACUGAUUCAACAACCUCCACAUUAAUUGGCGGUGGUGACAAUUUCAACGAGAAUGAUGAUACAGCAAUACCAAAAUCUCCUGUUUCAGAAAAUCCUUCAAUAAUUACUGCUACAUCACUUGGUUCUAGAACUUUUUCAAGUUUCACUAGUCGUCUUCGAUCAAAUAUUUCUGUCUCUACAUCAAAUACUGCUUAUGACAAUUCGUCGAAUAUAUCACAACCAUCACUGCCAUCUUCUUCUACUUCGUCAUUACAAACACCAACAAUAAAAACACCUGCAAAAUCUAACGAACAAUCACCACCAUUAUCUGAUGAUCCAAAACCGCUACAUGAAAAUAAUCCCCCUGGCGAAGAAUUAUGGUUUUUAGAUUACGAUUAUCGUGAGAUUGACAUAAUUUUUAUUAAUGAAAGUAAAACGACGGUAAAAGGCGGAACACUUGAUGCAUUGAUAGAACGAUUAACAAUGCACGAUCUACUAGAUUCGAAUUUCAAUGCCACCUUCCUGCUAACAUAUCGAUCAUUUUGUGAUUCAGAUACAUUUCUCGAGAAAUUAAUAGAUAGAUUUAUUAUCAAACCGCCGGAAGGAAUGACACCAAGUGAGAAAGAGAUAUGGCAAGAGAAGAAACAGACACCGAUCAGGUUGAGAGUUCUUAGCAUAAUGAAAAGUUGGUUGGAGCAUUAUUAUAUGGAUGAUCAAGAUAGUCAUUGUUUGACUAGAAUGAAAGAGUUUGCUAGUACGGUGAUGAGUGAGCAUAUGUCGUUUGCGUCUGUGGGUCUUAUCAAGAUAAUUGAGAAACGACAAUUUCAGCCCGGUGCAAUAUUUCGUGAAUUGAUCAAUACGAGCCCUAUCCUACCACCACAACCUAUCUUGCCAAGAAAUUUAAGAAGAAUUAAAUUUUUGGAUUUGAAUCCUUUGGAAAUUGCAAGGCAGUUGACUAUUAUCGAAAGUAGGUUGUAUAAUAAAAUAAGACCUGUCGAGUGUUUAAAUAAGGCUUGGAGUAAAGAGGAAGGCGGUGAGAUUGCUAAAAAUAUUAAAGCUAUGAUUGUUAAUAGAUGGGUAGCGGAAAUGAUACUGAAUAAUCCAGAUAUAAGAAGACGAUGUGCAUUAAUAAAACAUUUUGUGGCGGUGGCAGAUAAAUGCUUACUAUUGAAUAAUUUCAAUUCACUUACCGCAAUCAUAUCAGGAUUAAAUAGUGCUCCAAUUCAUCGAUUGAGAAGAACAUGGGAAACUGCUAGUCAGAAAACGAUCACGUUGUUAGAAGGUUUAAAUAGAGUCAUGAAUUCUACAAAAAACUUUUUUGCAUAUCGUGAAACUUUACAUAGUGUCAAUCCGCCUUGUGUACCGUUUUUAGGUGUAUAUUUAACAGAUUUAACAUUUAUUGAAGAUGGCAAUCCAAAUAUACUUAAAAAACAAACAAAUAUAAUCAAUUUUUCAAAAAGAAUGAAAACAGCAGAGGUUAUUAGAGAAAUUCAACAAUAUCAAUCAGUUCCUUAUAAUUUAACCUCUGUUCAAGAAAUACAGGUUUUCAUAGAGACUAACUUAAAAGAUAGUGAUGAUGUAGCUAAUUUAUAUGAUAAAAAAGAUGAAAAAAUUGCUAGAUUGUUACAAGAAUCUGGUUUCUUAUAA